GUGGCUGGUCGAUUGACACCAUAUGUUAAGUGUGUCGCUUGGCGGCUUUUUGGCAGCGUGAAUUUAUUUUUUGCAUCAGCAUUUUUGUUUAUGUUGCAAGAUAUUAGCGGUAACGAGCACAAAAAUGGAAAGCGCACUGGCGCAUGAUCUGGAAAAUAGUGAGCAACGUACAAGUGAUGUGGCCACGGGUUCACUUUCUUUCGAGCAACUCGGUUUGAAUGGCAACCUUUCAAAAUGCCUGCAGACCCACAAAUUUUUGACACCAACUAAGAUUCAGGCAGCGGCAAUUCCCAUGGCGAUUGCUGGAAUGGAUCUGUUGGUGCAGUCAAAAAGUGGAACGGGAAAAACUUUGAUUUAUGUGCUAGCCGCAUUGCAGAAGAUGAAUAAGUCAGUGGCUAGUCCGCAGGCUUUGAUAAUUGUGCCAACUAGGGAACUGGCCAUACAGGUGGAGGACACUGUUAACGGCUUGGCGAACAAAUUGCGCAACAAAAACAAUUAUUUGUGUAUUAGUUUCAUUGGUGGCACAGAUGUGAAGCGAGAUCGCAUGCGCAUGGCUCGAGGGCGCAUUAUAGUGGGCACACCAGGUCGUCUGCUUCAUCUCAUUCAGAACAACGUAUUCAAUACGUCGGCAAUUAAGCUUCUCGUGCUGGAUGAGGCAGAUCAAUUGUAUUGCACUGAUUCAUUGCAGAAGGAUGUGCAAGCGCUCGUUGCAUCGCUUCAGCCCGGGAGUCAAAUAAUCGCCUGUAGUGCUACAUAUCCGAAUGUGCUAGACGAACGUCUUGCCAAGUUGAUGCACAAACCAGUGCUGGUCUCUAACAGCCAGCGGGCCACCGUACUGCUGGGGGUUCGGCAGUUUGCCUACGAAUUGUCAGCACAAGUGAAUAAUAUGCAGGAUAUGAUGGCUAAGCUGAAAGCGGUGCAGCAGAUAUUUACCCAAGUGACCUAUGAGCAGGCUAUACUUUUCGCUAGCUCCCAGAGUCGUGCCGAUUCCUUUCGCAACUAUUUGCAACGGGAUGGCGUUGAAUGUGAUCUUAUGUCUGGAGCUAUGAAACAGAGCGAUCGGCUGCAGACAUUCCAGGCCUAUCGCAACUUCAAAAUGCGCACAAUAGUGGCCACUGAUUUGAUGGCACGAGGUGUUGAUUCAUCGCAUGCGAAUUUGGUUAUUAACUUGGAUCCACCCAACGAUUUGGUGACUUAUUUGCAUCGCAUUGGACGUGCUGGGCGGUUUGGCUCCAAGGGCAUUGCCAUAACAUUUAUUUCCUCUCCACAACAGAGCCAAUCCUUUAAGCAGAUUAUUGCAGACGCUGGCACUGGAAUGUCGGUGCUGCGAUUUCCGGCAGAUAGCCAAGUAGGCUUCAAUUUUUGGGAUUUUGACUCAUACGAUUUUCCCUAUUAUGUCAAAUCGGAGGCAUAUGAGCAAGAGGAAACAGAGCUAAAGCGAAUCAAACAGCGCUGGAAGAGUCCUGCUGAUGAAGAGAACGUACCUAGUACAGUCGUAACUGUUGAUAAGCAUUUUGAAAAUGGUGAAGAUGCACCUCAAAAACCAACGGUCCAUUCUGAACCGGCAGAAAACCCAAAUAUAUCAAAUGAUGUGAUUAAUACUCCGGAUAAAGAUCCAUAUGCUGCAACACCAACACUAAGUAGCAAUGAUUUACAAGGUGCCAAACCUCAGAUUAAAAACGACUUAAAUAAAGCUGUAGCAGUUCAGGUGCAUCCAGAAAAUGAGCAAAAUGUGCAAGCUAUUGAGGCAACAAUUACUGCAAGCAAUAAAGAAAAUGUCUCAGAUAACAUAAUACAAACUCGAGUGAUAGACGAAGCCAACAUCCCGCUUAAAGCAACUGGAGAAGAUCUAUUGAAACCUACAACACCUCAGGAGUUGACCAUAGAGCUCGUAGAGCUGACUCCUUCAGCAGAAAUGCCUGGUGCAGCACCAAACUCGAUUAACACUAAAACCUAUUGUCUAGUUGCACCUACAGAAGGUAGUUCAACUACCCUCCACCCACAAGGCGUAUCGAACACUGUCGAUGAUGCCAGCAGCAUCGUUUCCGAUAGCAUAGAGAACGAUUAUGAUAGCGAUGCUUCCUACACCAGUUGCUAUUCAGUAGGCGACAUGCAAAUCAUCUGGCAACGUGCAUUGUCACAGCGAAAAUUGCAAAAGCGACGACAACGCAAUGCCCGGCGCCGCAUAUAUCUAUAUCAUAAACGGCGCACCGUGCGGAAGUUCAAAUAUUGGAACAAUGAACGUGGAAAUGAAGAAGAACACGCAGAGGCAUGGCUAGAUGAAUCGCAUGAAAUAAUUGUGUUGCGCCAGCUACACGAACUUGUUUGUCAACGACCUCGGAAAUUUCAAGUGGAUAAACUGCUGACUGUGAUCUCAAAGGAACGAAAACUUUUUCAACUCGUGGAAAAGUUUGAUAACCCUCAAGAAGUUAAAAGACACCUAAUGGCUCUUAUAAAUAGAAAGAAUUGGGAUUCUCGAUUGUCUGGCAAAUGGAUAGAGCUGAUAUAUGAUUCAUUUUCGCACUUUUACUAUGUAGAUCAUAGCAAGUCAACGGAAUUUAAGAAAGCCAUAUUUCCGUAUGCCCCCAAUUUGGACAACUACAAUAGGCUAAUAAAUAUUAUAAAAGGGACUUCUUGUCCACAACAGCCAUUAGGCAAUCUAGAGGCGACUUGCCCACAACAGCCAUUGAAUAAUCUAGAAGGUGCUUAUUGUCCACAACAGCCAUUGAGCAAGCUAACCGUGCACGUGAAUCAACAAGUAAAUAUACCGCCUGAUAAUGGGGCAAUUGAACAUGCUGAGGAGGCGUACUCUGAGAAUUCAGAUUCAGAGGCAUCCAAUGUGCCAUUAGAUGAAAUGGCACACGAUAGCGAUGCCAACAGUGAGAAUGAAAGUGUGGAUGCUGAGAGCAUGGAGCCGAAUUCAUCGAGCGGAUUUGUGGAAUCAACGGAGAGUGCAUCCUCAGGUAUCGAGUCGUCUCAGUAUGAAACUAAUUCAUCGGUUACUUUAGAUCAGAGCGCGUAUGAUGGAGAAGAAGAGGAAUAUGAAGACGAGGAGGAAUAUGAAGACGAGGAGGAAUACGAAGAGGAAAUUGUAGAGGAGGAACAAACUAUUGAUGAAGAGAUUCGCAACGAGACAGACGACUUGCAUAGCAAUGCUAGUCAAUCGGAUACUCUGAGUACUCUCACCGCGGACGGCGAAAAUGAUACAGAUGAAUUAGAUGCUGAAACUGGUAGUGAGCAACAGGAUGUAGACAGCGAUAAUAAUUCAGUCGAUGAGCUUGAAGUAGCUCAGGCUCGCUGGCAAUAUUUGUUCCAGAUGCAAUAUUUAUUUAUUGCUAACUAUGUUUACAACUAUAUGUCGCUAUAUAGAAGCCAGAAUUAAAUACGUUUAUUAUCAUUAUUCAAGCGCUAUGAAAGUGCGAUUCCUAGUCUCGAAAGUCUGACAACUACAGAAACUCAGGCAUUUUUUAUUUUCUUCUUGAAGUGAAAUGGGAAAGUAUUCGGAAAUCUGCUGAAUCAGCUGUUUGCAACUUAGUUAUUUAAGUAAGUGAGCAUUUCUU